GAGCUCUCGGAAUUCUUCUCUUAUUGCGCAAAUCUUCGCGGACAGACGGCACGGAGAUGUCGGGCACUUUGCGCGCACAGCUGUGUUUCCUCCUGUUGAGCGUCACGGCUCUCCGGGGACACGCGCGCUUUCUGGACAUACAGGAAAACGACAUCAGCCCGGAAGGAUUAUUAUCUCUGCUCAGCUCUGAACUAAAGCGAGAGUUACCAGAGGAGUUUGUGUACCGCCGAGCGCUCAGAUGUCUGGACAUGGUGGCUGUAGAGGGUCAGUUUACAUUUACAGCAGAACGUCCACAGUUAAACUGCGCCGUGUUUUUUAUCGGCGAGCCCAGUGACAUCAUUAGCAUCGAAUAUGAUUCGGUCAACAUCGACUGCAGAGGAGGAGAUUUCGUAAAGGUAUUUGAUGGCUGGGUGAUGAAGGGUGAGAAGUUUCCCAGCUCGCAGGACCAUCCUCUUCCUCUGUACGAGCGUUACUCCGAUUACUGCGAGACUGGAGUGACUCGACCAAUCGUACGGUCGUCUCAGAAUGUCGCCAUGCUGUUCUUCAGACUCCACCAAUCAGGAAGCAGCUUCACAGUAACGUUCCGCAAACUCAUCAAUCCAUUCCCCUGUAAUGUGGUCUCUCAGACCCCAGAGGGCAGUUUCACCAUGAUCAUUCCACAGCAGCACAGGAACUGCAGUUUCUCCAUCAUCUAUCCAGUGGAGAUCCAAAUUGGAGAACUCAGUCUCGGCCAACACAAUGAUCUCAAGCGGUCCAUUCUCGGCUGUGCCGGUUCUGGAGACUUCGUUGAGCUUCUGGGUGGAAACGGCAUGGACACAUCCAAGAUGUUCCCUAUGGCAGAUCUCUGCUACUCCUUUAAUGGACCAGCUCAAAUGAAGGUCGGCUGCGAUAACACUGUGGUCAGAAUGGUGUCGAGCGGGAAGUUCGUAAAUCGAGUUAGUUUCCAAUAUCGGCUACUGGGCCACCAAGAGCUUCAGCAGAUGAAGGGCAACAGCGUUGAAGACGUGUGUUUAAGAGCAUAAGACCCUCUCUCUGUUCCCUGCUCUUGUUCAGGGGGAUGCCAAACUAAUUGAGUUUGAGCCUUUGUAUAUUUUCCUUAUUAAAAGAAUUAUUUAUUUUU